AUGGAGAUAUUCAAGCAGGUGAAAAUUAAUCUCCCAUUGCUUGAUGCAAUUCAGCAAAUUCCAGUUUAUGCCAAAUUUGUGAAAGAUAUGUGUACUCAGAAGAGGCAUUCAAAUAGUCAUAUUCCUAAGAAAGUGCUACUAACUGAGCAAGGGUAUUACAACUGCACUGCUCCAAAAUUUAAAGAUCCAGGUGCUCCAACAAUUUCAUGCACAAUAGGGAAUCAUCAAGUAGAGCGAGCUCUCCUAGAUUUGGGUGCAAAUGUAAACCUUUUUCCUUAUUCGGUUUACUUGCAACUCAGAUUAGGAGAAUUGAAGCCUACCUUUAUUAUUCUCCAAUUAGCAGAUAGGUCAACCAAACAGCCUCGUGGUGUUAUCGAAAAUGUGAUCAUCAAAGUAGAUAAAUUCUACUUCCCAGUGGACUUUAUUGUGCUAGAUACUGAGCCAGUUCCAGAGUUAAGGAGGCACAUUCCAGUGAUCCUUGGUCGUCCUUUCCUUACGACAGCAAAUGCAAGCAUAAAUUAUAGGAAUGACGACAUGGACUUAUCUUUUGGUAAUAUGAAGGUGUGCUUAAAUAUUUUCAAUGCUAGUCAAUGCCCUUCAGAUGAUAAGGAUUAUUCUCUUGUCGAUACAAUCGAUGAAUAUGUUGAAGAGAUAGCCCCAUUUGCCUUGACAAAAGAUCCACUGGAAGUAUCCCUAUCUUAUUUUGAUACCGAGUCCUUUGAUGUCGAAAAAAGCACUGAAGAGAUUAAUGUCAUUCUUGAUGGGGCUAAUAUGCAUAACAUUCCACCCUGGAAAAUUCUUAUUGAGCCACUUCUACAAUUGUCAAGUGAACCACCUACGCCAUCUUUGAAGUCUCUACCAGAGCUAGAGUUGAAGUCGUUACCCUUUCAUUUGAAGUAUGCAUAG